CUCAGUAUUCGGUGGCGGUUUUUGCCUUUAUGUUCUCUACUAUUUGCGCUAUACGGGAAAUAAUUGUCGGCAAAAUUGGUGUUAUCUGACAGGAACAAUAUAUUCAUCCGCGAAACAGAAUAGUUCUCGUCUUCCAAUCGUUAUUUAUUAAGAAAUAAUAAUAUUUACCAUGAGGUUGGAGGAAUAUGAAGACUUUCAGGAAUUCCAUUUCCACAUAGUCGACUAUAUAAUAUUCUGUGGAAUGUUAAUUGUGUCUGCUGGAACAGGAAUUUAUUAUGGAUACUACAAAAAAAAUACUAUCAUUGAACAUAUUGAUCCCAAAUGCAGACGUGGUAGUGGUUUAAGCUUUGGAUCAAAAAAACUCAGUGAGUACCUGCUUGGUUCACGAAGUCUCGCAACAUUCCCGGUAGCAAUGAGUUUAAUUGGAAGUUAUGUGUCAGGUGUAACAGUUCUGGGAACUCCUGCGGAAAUUUACAACUUUGGUACUCAAUACUGGCUAACAGUGAUACCUGUUAUGUUAAUGGCUUUAACCGUAUCUACGGUAUAUCUUCCAGUGUUUACUACUUUAAGAAUAUGUUCAUCGUAUGAAUACUUGGAAUUGCGCUUUAGUUCUGGAAUAAGAAGUUUUGCUUCAUUUUUGUUUAUCAUCGAUGAGAUAUUGUUUCUCCCAAUUAUACUCUACGUUCCAGCUAUUGCAUUUAAUCAAGUCACUGGACUCAAUAUUCACUUAAUAAGCGGCAUUGUUUGUGUGGUUUGCGUAUUUUACACACUGCUGGGUGGCAUAAAAGCUGUCGUCAGUACUGAUGCUUGGCAGAUAUUGGUUAUGUUCAUUUCUGUCACUGUUGUUGUUAUAAUUGGAACAACUUAUAUUGGAGGACCAUCUGAAGUAAUCAAGCGAUCUCUUGAGGGAGGAAGAAUACGUUUUUCCAACUUUAAUCCAUCAUUGUAUGAAAGACACUCAGUUUGGAGUGUGGUCGUCGGAGGUUAUUUCUAUUGGGUUUCAUUUAACUCGGUCAAUCAAACAAUGGUUCAGCGUUACAUGUCUUUGCCAACUAAAAAAAGCGCUCAGGUAUCAAUAGUGUUGUUUGCUAUCGGAAUAUGCUUAUUUGUGUCAAUUUGCUGUUUCGCUGGAUUGUUGAUUUUUGCUUACUAUAGUAAAUGUGAUCCCCUUACUGCUGGCUUAAUUCAGACUGAUGAUCAACUAUUUCCAGUGUACGUAAUGCAGAUUGCAGGACAUAUCACAGGUAUUCCUGGCCUAUUCGUUGCUGGGAUUUUUGGAGCUUGUCUAAGUUCAUUGUCAGUAGUUUUGAACUGUACAUCUGCAGUUUUAUUAGAAGACAUCGUCAAGGGCUGUUUUAAAAUUCACCUUUCUGAAAAAGCUUCCCAUUUUCUUGUGAAGACCAGUGUGGUUGUGUUCGGAGUAAUUGCGACUUUAUUAGUUGUAGUUUUGGAAAAACUUGGAGGUAUUCUUGCUGUUGCCACUUCUUUGUCAAGUAUAGCUGCUGGCACAACUUCGGGUAUAUUCACCUUGGGGAUGCUUAUACCAUGGAGUAAUACAAAAGGUGCUACUUUUGGAGCUUUGGCUGGUGCCCUGAUAUCCGGAACCGUUUCAUUAGGAUCUCAAGUUUUCACUGCUGAAGGGCUUCUUGUUCCUCAGAAACUUCAAGUUUGGGUAGACGAAUGUCCCGCAUUUCUGAAUAUCACAGCACCUUCCACCGAUGUACCUGAUCAAUCUGAACUAUUUCCAUUGUUUCGAAUAUCGUUCCUAUGGGUUGGACCGAUUGGAAUGUUAACGGUUUUAUUUGUGGGAACUAUCGUUUCAUUUCUAACCGGACCAACAAAAGUCAGUAAACUUGAUGCUGAUCUUCUUUCUCCAGUAAUUCACAGAUUUCUGCCAAAAGAGUGCUUCAUAAAUCAAACUGUCGAAGUUAACACAAGUCUGACAUAAAUUCUAUAAAUUCGUUAAAAGGUUUCAAUACUCGCUGAGAGGACCAACACUAUAGAAUUAACCUAAACUACCGAUUUUAGCUUGAAAAUAGUUUUUAUAGUAUAAAUAAUAUAAAUAUGUAAAGAAAAUAUUAUAUAAGGAUCUCCUCCAUUGAAAUAGCGUAUUUAGUAUACUAAUUUGUUUUAGUAGGUAAAUAGAUUUAUAUAGUGUAAAUAUUUUUUUGUUUUUCAGUUAAAAAAAGAAAACACUUAUUAUAGUUCUGGACUUGUAUAGAGUUAAAAAUUAGAAGGGUAAUUUAUGAAUGUCGUAUCAUAUGUUCGAUUAAUUUUAGGUAAAAGAAAAAAAAUAUUUGUAAAAAUGGUCCUUUGCCUAUAAUUGUGUUUUGAAAUUUUGAUUAACAAAACUCUAUUAAAAUAGAUUUAAUGACAAAAUAUAAACUGUGAUAUUUUUGUGGUAUUUGGCAGAAAUAAAUACAAAACAAACUCGAA